AGUGCGAGAACUCGUACAGUACGGUGCAGUGCAGCAGUUGGAGACGACCGGUACGGUAUUUCCGCAGUAGAGUACAGUCCGGUGCAAUGCCUCGGUCAGUUCAGUACCAAUCCUGCAGACCACGGUACCGUACUGUACGGUGCGCCUGGGAGGGACGAUUCAAGUGCCGAGUAACUUACCGAUCCGUCCGACAACCCACCAACACCGUGCGGUUUGUGCCCCUUUUAUUGUUUGAGGCUGCACGCCAAGUUCAACAGUAUCCAAUUCGGACACGAAGCAUCCAACUUUUACCAUCAGAAGGUGCCCAACCGUGCUCGUACAUGCUCUCUCUUAAUCCCUCGGCACCCCUCUACCGCUAUCUCACGGACGCCUGGAUGUUCAAUGGUCUUUUGGCUGGUGUCCCUCGUCCAGGGGGGAAUUCAAUCCUCUUCGAGUCCGGGCUGUCAUAGAGUAUCGUACGGGUAUCAUACUCGAGCACAGUACGGCACUGCACCACGGCUAAGGGGGAGCCAGUUCUGUUUGUUGGGUGGAUGAAUAGCUUGAGAUUAUCGGUACAGCACUCGAGUACGAUAAUUGGUGCGCGCUCGAGGGCAAAAGAGCGGCGCAUGACGCAGGGUCUCACUCUCGCUCCAUCUAUCGACGUCACGUUAAACACUCUUGGGUUGGGAAUUGGUUGGAAUUUGUAUGGAUCAUGGGUGGCGGGAUGGACGACUGCCUGCUGCUUCUCGCCCUCCCCGAACGCAGAUGUUACCGUGCCCGUACUGUAGAUGCAACAACAACGGGAAGAAAAAGAAAGGAAGAAGAAAAAAUCUCUCCAGUCGCCCUCUUCCCCAACAAACUAUCAUACCGGACUUUCGGGCCCGAACAGAUCCAACCCUCCUGCCUCUCAAUUCGAGUCUCGUACCGUAUCCCACCCUCCGUCCUGCGCCUAUUGACCAUGCCCUGGGGGUUGGUCUCGUGCUCUUCUCUCCUACUAGCACCCCCCCUUCCUUGCCGAACACACCACCCCCCCGCCAGACUGAAAACCUUCACCUGCGUUGUUAUUUCUUCCUCUCUCAUCCCCAGAUACCACAUAUUUCUUCCUCUUCUCGACCCGUUUCUAUAUUGAUAAGCCAGACGCGAUCACCGGCCAAUUCAACAAUGGCCCCAUCCGCGAGUACUACCCCUCCACCAUUUUUCUCGCCGCAGCCUCCCACUCUCAUUCUACCCACAACUGGUUCCCAACAUCCUCUCUUCCUCUAUGGCACCGCCUGGAAAUCUGCCUCAACAACCGACCUCGUAUCUACCGCUCUAUCGGCUGGCUUCCGGGGCCUUGAUACCGCGAACCAGCCGAAGCACUACCGCGAGGAUCUUAUAAGGCCAGCACUAGCCCUCUUCCCACGCAACUCCCUCUUCAUCCAAACCAAAUUCUCCUCACCUGCCGGUCAGGACCCCGCGACAAUCCCUUACGACCCCGCUGCCCCGCUUCAAAAACAGGUCCGUGCAUCAGUGGAACGUUCCUUGGAGAACCUGGGUGUGGAAUGUCUCGAUGCGCUGCUUCUACACUCCCCGCUGCGUACCCUAGAGGCGACCUUAUCCGCAUGGAAGGUGUUGGAAGGCUUCGUUGCUGCCGGGAAAGUAAAGCAUAUUGGGAUCAGUAACUGCUCGCUGCCGAUUCUCGCCGCACUGUAUUCUAGCCCGGUCAUUUCGGUCCCGCCUUCGAUUGUGCAGAACAGGUUUUACGAGGACACCGGCUAUGACCUUUCGUUGUUGGAGUUUUGCCGGGAGCACGGUAUCAUCUACCAGGGUUUCUGGACGCUCACUGCGAAUCCUGGGAUCGUCAAGAGUGAGAUUGUCAGUAAGGUUGCCGCGGAGAGAGGCUGGACGGUGGAACAGGCGAUGUACGCUCUCGUAUUGGCACUAGGCAGAGGAUGGGAGGCUGGCGGUGGUGUCUGUGUUCUGAACGGGACUACGAACGAGGAAAGAAUGAAAGCGGAUUUGGAAAUUGUUGGGGAAAUCGACGGGAUUAAGGAAGAUGAUGUGGAGGAAUUUAGAGAUCUACUUAGGACGACAUACAGAUGAAGGGUUGGGUAGUUGAGAAAUUGAAACAUGUACUUAUAAUCCCUAUCUUUCAUAUCACACUCGCUAGUUCUUCAUCUGGUGCUGUCUUCUUUUUCUUCUCUCUCUUUUUUUCCGGGGUUGUGUACAGAAUUCUCUCUCUGUUUUCCCUCUACCUGGCCGGGAUCGUCUUACGGAUCUAAGAUUGCUUGUUUUAACUAACGCAUAUCCAUCUUACGGUUGUCACCAUGGGUGAUUCGGUCAAGUCUGGGACAUUGUGUUGAUAGAGCUAUGUUUCUGCUGCACUAGUAGCAUUAGUGUUUCCGUGAAAUCGCACAAAUUCCCUCGUGGUUGCAUAAAGAAGCACUAUGGAGAAACCCCAAGGAAAGGAAAUAAAUUUCUAGC